AAAUAAUUAUACAUUGCAGUCAAUUUAAGGCGGCGUUUGCCAUGUAUAUAAAUAACUCCAAUUUUGACUUUGAAUUACACUCUCUGCACCACAGGUCUUAUUAAAUAACCCGCAAUUAUUAUUUGUUCCUUCUAAGCUCCUUUUCCUCCAUCAAUGGCGCCGGAGACCUUAAAGAGUGACGAGCCGCUGACCCCCGCCGGCCGCCUCUUCCUGCAGCCGAAGAUGGAGCAGGUCAUCCACGCCGCCAUCGCCGUCGAGUCCCCCAUCGACGUCGACGCCGUCAAAUACGAGGUCCGGCGAUCGGUCAUGCUCCAACACCCCCGAUUCUGCAGCCUCAUGGUGCGGGACCCGCGCGGCCGCGAGCACUGGCGCCGGACUCCGGUAGACGUCGAUCGCCACGUCAUCGUCCGCCGCGAGCCGAUCUCCGGCGAACCCGACGAGGACGCCGUCGCCGAUUUCGUGGCGGAUCUGUCGGUGUCUUCGCCGCUCCCCGCCGAUAAGCCGCUGUGGGAGAUCCACCUACUGCUGGCGCACAACACGGCGGUGUUCCGUGUGCACCACGCGCUCGGGGACGGGAUCUCGCUGAUGUCGAUGCUGCUGUCCUGCUGCCGGCGGGCGGAGGAUCCGGAGAGGAUUCCGACGAUUGCCGGAAUAGGAGGAUCGGCGGCGCGUGUGAGGAGUUGGAGAGCGUGGGCGGUGGUGAAGGCGGUUUGGUUUACUUUGAUCUAUUGUUUGGAGUUUGGGCUGAGGGCGCUGUGGCUGCGGGAUAGGACCACCGUCUUCAGCGGCGGCGACGGAGUGGAGCUGUGGCCGCGGAGGCUGGCGUCGGCGAGGUUCCGGCUGGACGACAUGAAGGCUGUCAAGCAAGCUGUUGGCGGUGCGACAAUCAAUGAUGUUCUUUUCGGGGUUAUCUCACGUGGGCUUUCGAGGUAUUUGGACAUUAACUCACCCAAAGCUCUUCCCGAGGGCCUCCGGAUCACAGGUGUUGGCAUGGUCAAUCUGAGGCCGCAAGCAGGACUGCAGGACUUGUCAAAGCUUAUGGAUAGUAAAUCUGGAAUUCGGUGGGGCAACAAAUUCGGCAUGCUUCUCUUACCUAUUUAUUAUCACAAAGGUGGUUCGGAUCCAAUCCAGUUUGUGAGGAGAGCCAAAGCCAUGAUCGACAAGAAAAAGCUGUCACUAGAAGCCCCCUUCUCGUACAAAGUUGGGGACCUCGUCAUGUCUAUUUUUGGUGCAAAGAUAGCUUGCCUUCUCAAUUACCGGAUCGUUUGUAAUACAACCUUCACGAUAUCAAAUGUUAUAGGGCCCCAAGAGAAAAUCACGAUGGUUGGCAACCCUGUGAAGCACAUAAGGGUUACUUCGAGCAGUCUACCACAUGCAAUCACAAUGCAUAUGGUGAGUUAUGCAGGAAUAGCUGAUCUGCAAAUUCUAGUUGCCAAAGACAUAAUCCCAGAUCCAAAAGUUUUGGCCAAGUGUUUCGAGGAUGCCUUGCUCGAAAUGAAGGCAGCUGCAGAGGACAUCAGCAAAUCCUGAGGUGAACAACAGGAUGUUGAGAACAGCAGAGAACUACUAAUUAAGGGGUGAAGAACUCCAUUCAUUGAUUUUUAGAGGCCAACUAUGUGUAUGAAAUUCAAACAAGUACAAAUUUUCACCCAACAUCUGCAUUAUCAACGGAUUUAAACAUAAUUGUUAAUGGGCAACCGAAAUAAAAGCAGAGACAUGUAUCUUCUAAAAAAGGCUAACUAGUAAUAAACUUUAUAUGCAUUAAGAUUUGGCUUAUCACAAAAUUACACACCCCAAGGUUCAGUGUACUUACAAACAGUCCCAUUCAAUCAUUAAUGGCUUAAUGCAGAAUAUUAAACAACAUUCAAAGCAACAACUUGAGUUACUACGAAUGGGGAAAGCAGACAAGAAAAACAUCCCUUAAAAAAAAUAUUUUGUCUCUUGUACCAAAGGAAUUUAGACUUAUCCGACGAACAAAGAGUGAG